AUUUCGCCGUACUUCUCAACGUGGUUUACUUUUAGUUCGGUUCAGUUCACGAAUUGUGCCGCUUGAAAGCCGGCACCGGUAGGUAUUUCGCUGUAGUGAUUGAAAUAGUGGUCAAAUUGAAUCAAGUGACCGUCCCAUUCUGAAAGUUCAGUUUAUUCCACUCAGCAUCUCGCAUGUGACAUUCAGAAAGUGAUCAUUUCGAUCAGAGAAAUUGAGACUACAAUUCUAUGAUAUGAAUAAUUGGUGAUGCUGUCCAUCUUGAUGUUAGGAAACUCUGGAGAUUAAUAGAUGUAGUAAAUAAAAUUCCUAUGAUGAAGAGAAUAUUGAUCUUAUUUUCGUUAUUUAUAGUAAUAAUUGCCCAAAAUGCAACCAAUUCCGACACACCUAUCAAGAAGAUACACAUAUGUCCAAAAAACUUCGUGAGGGUAGGAAGAAGGUGUUAUUUCUUCAGUAGAAAUUCUGUCACAUGGCAAGAAGCUAUACACAAAUGUCGGGAUCUUCACAGUAGCAUAGCGAUUAUAAAAACUGCUAAUCAAGAUAGACGAAUCAGGAAAAUUUUAAGUAGACCUACACAUGCUAUUCACGAACGAUGGAUCGGUGGAAUGUACAACUGGAAGAAAAUGAAGUGGCUAUGGGCUACAACUGGCAAAGCACUGACAUAUCAAGGAUUUUAUUCGCAGAAUUUUACUGAAGUUCAAAAGUGGCACUGUAUUAUUAUGGAUCCCGCUGUUAAAUAUAAGUGGAAUACCAGACCUUGCGUGGAAAGCAAACCAUACAUUUGUCACACCAAAUCUAAGGUAGUCUUCCGAAAACCAAAUGCAGAUAAAAAAUAUUCGAAUGACAUUCUACUCAUCAACAAUGAAAUCGGAGGUCCAGCCAAUCUCAAAGAAUAUCCCAGUGAUUUUCGAUCUGGGAACCAAAACGAUGCUCCAAUUAUUCCAUCAAGGCCAAAAAGAAGAAGGAAGAAUAGGAGAAAAAAGAUCGAUAAUAAAGCAAUCCUACUACAUCGACCGAACUAUGUCGCUUUGAACACAACAGAUGGUGCUUUUAAUGGAAAGCAGAAUAUCUCGAUGGACACUAUCAAAUAUGAAAUUUAUAAGGAGGAUACUAAAAUGACCAAUUCGCUAUAUCCAAUUCCUAUUGUUGAAGAAUAUAGUUUUGUACAGAAGAACUGAAAGAGAACUUCCUAUGAUUCACAGCAGUUUUUUGGUUCUAUUCAUUCGAAAUCUGAUCCAUAUAUCUUCAAAUUUCUUUCAUUUAGUCCAUAUUUAGAAAUCCAUUCAACGAAGUUUUGAUACCUAAUUAAGAGAAUAGAAAUUUCUCCCUAUGUUGUGACAACUGCGAUUGUUCAUAAGAAUACCAAUAGUAUUGUAUAUAUUCAUCUGUAGAUAUAUUUCUGACCUUAUUUUUUGUAUUCAUGUACUUUUCUAAUAACGUAAGACUUUUUCAUUUAUAUAAAUUAAACUUGAAGUUUAUUAUUAUUUAUUUAAGGUUUAAUGUGUGAGCAUUAAAGAAUUUCAUUAGAAAA